CUGUACUGUCCGGGAAUGGGCUCCCAGAAUCCAAAACGUAAUUGGCAACCUGUCCAUCAUUGUGAAAUGCACCAUCUCCAUCCUGCCCAACCAAAUGAAAACGACAAAAGCUACGAAGGGGAGGAGAAAGAAGACCAACAGGGACGAUUAUGAAAAACAGAGCAAGGAUUUUAGUUUAUCAGCAACAGCGACACAUAAAGAAGAUAUAUCCAGGGCCAAGCCUGGCCACAUGAAUGGUGGAUGGGAACUAACCCAGAGAUCGCCUGCCCUGCCCACUAACCUUAAUUACUAACAGUCAGAACAUCACCCAGCAAAAAAUCACAGAAAAAUGGCGAGUGGUGGGUGGGUUUGGCUACUCUGCCUCAUGGCAUUUCUUCUGAGCCGCGCGGCAGCAGAAGGUGUUUCUUUGACAGCCGAGGAGGAGUACAGCAGAGGUGAUUUCCCAGAAGGGUUCGUCUUCGGCGCAGGAACGUCGGCGUAUCAGGUGGAAGGAGCUGCAGACCAGGACGGCCGGAGCGCCAGCGUGUGGGACACCUUCGUCCAAGAGGGUUACGCCGGCGGAGCUACAGGGGACGUCGCCGUCGACCAGUACCAUAAAUACAAGGAUGACGUACUACUAAUGGCUGGAAUCGGGCUGGAUUCCUACCGAUUUUCCAUCUCCUGGUCCAGGCUCAUCCCUGGGAAGGCGGGAGAGGAGCUGUCAAUCCCAAAGGCGUCCAGUACUACAACAACCUCAUCAAUGAACUCAUUAGCCACGGUGGGCAAUCAUUUUUUCAGAAUCCAGCCGCAGGUGUCGUUGUACAACUACGAUCAUCCUCAGGUUCUCGAGGAUGAAUACGGAGGAUGGCUUAGUCGAAGAAUGGUGGGAGAUUUCAGAGAUUAUGCGGAGGUGUGCUUCAGGGAGUUUGGCGACAGAGUUGGUCACUGGACAACAGUGAACGAGCCGAACAUCUUCGCCUCCGGCAGCUACGGUCAAGGGCUCGGUCCUCCCCAUCGCUGCUCGCCGCCGUUCGGCGUCACGACGUGUGCUCAAGGGAAUUCCACGACGGAGCCUUACUUGGUCCUCCACAACAUCCUCCUCGCCCAUGGAUCCACUGUAGAAUUGUACAGGGAGAAUUAUCAGAGGAAGCAAGGAGGGCUAAUUGGACUGACCCUUUUCGCAUUCGGCGUAGUUCCUUACACCAACUCUGCAGCAGAUGUAGCCGCAGCCAAGAGGGCCAAAGACUUCUUCAUUGGCUGGGCUGUAAAUCCGCUGGUGUUUGGGGACUACCCGGAGGUGAUGAAGAGGAAUGUUGGGUCGCGGCUGCCAAGUUUCACGAGCGGAGAAUCGAAACUGGUGAAGGGAGCGUUCGACUUCCUUGGCGUCAUACAUUACAUGGAGAUGCCUAUGAAAGACAACCCCGAAAGCCUCGAUUCGGAGCUCCGGGACUUCUAUGCUGAUGUUGGCGCUCAGAUGAUGGUGAGCUUGGACAGUUAUACGCAUGGAGUGAGCCCUUCCAUUACUUACAACUUCCUUCUUGUCAAUUUCCCUGUAAAGCCGGGGGCUUUGCGAGAGGUUCUGGAGGACUUCAGGACGCUGUAUGGGAAUCCUCCUCUUUACGUCCAUGAAAAUGGUAAACCUAAGCAAUCUCCAUCGUAUCUCUUUUCGCCUCGCACAGGAUUCGCUAACCGAUUCGAUGCAGGGCAAGUCGAGAGACGCAAUGGAAGCCUGAAAGACACGGGCAGAGUGGAGUAUCUCCAUCGUUACAUUGGCGCUGUAUUGGAUGCCAUUAGGGAUGGCUGCAACGUGAGAGGAUACUUUGUAUGGUCGCUGAUGGACGUGCUGGAGCUACUGGGCGGAUUCCAGACCGGAUACGGAUUGUAUUACGUGGAUCUGGACGACCCGGACUUGACCCGAUAUCCCAAGCUCUCUGCCCACUGGUUUUCCCGUUUCCUCAACGGAGCCUCCGUUGGUCCAGACUACAGUAAUGUUAUUGUUGAAUUUGAGCUCGCUGUUGCCGAUCUGAGCCACCUGAUCACCCACGUUCGUCGUCGCCGGCAGCAUUCAUCUCAUUAGACUUCCACGAUUCUGGCGGGUUACUCGGUCGCAGCAGUACUAUAUAUGUACAUGUGCUUCUCUUGUAUUUAUUAAUAAAUGGGAGGCUUUUGGUAAACUUGUAUAUGAAUAUUGAACCCUACUUAACUAUUAUGCAUGGCUCCUGGGUUUUACUAUGAUUGUGCUUGUUGGUUUGAUGGGUAAUUAGGAGUCAGCUAGCUUAAUUAGUGGAAUAAAUUAAAAGUUGGUUGAUCAGCUUCUAGACAAACAAUUUUCAAACAAACUAGAUGGUCUUGUGUUCAAAGGAUAGAUUAGACCAUCUUAUAAUGUCAUGUGUUUUUCAAUCCUAUCUUAGUAUCUUUUUUUGUUUUCUCUUUAAUUUGAAAUUCAUUGAUAAUGUAUUCAGAAAUGUG